AUGUACCAUCCAGGCUUUCAAGCUGGUUAUUAUGACCCGGAUGGCUCUCAAAUCGGUGCACAAACGCGCCAGACUCAGUACUACCCCUCUUCGGACGACCAGCGUCUGCCCGCGACAAUUUAUAACGGCCUUCGUACUAAUAUUUUUCUAGAACCCUCCGUCGUGCCGCCGCCGCCAGUGCCUGCCGCGGGCCAGAGUCUCAGUGUCCAUCUAGCCACUGCUCAUCCUGGCAACCUAGUAACAUCAUCGUCCUUUGCCGAUCGCCCCCUGUUUUCAGACCCCAACUCCUUCGCUACGCGCGAACGUCGUGAUGAUUAUCACUCAUCCGUGAACCAGUCUGGUGAAGGACCGCCUGUAUCAUUUCCCGGUGACCCGUCAUUCCAUCCGAAUCCAUACGGCUUCUUCGAGCCGCACACCAGUCAAUACGAUCAUCUGUUCAGCGGUCCAUCCACUCACGUAGAGCCCGUACCAUCACAGUCAUAUUAUCAUCCAUCGCUUGCUGCGUGCUUCGAGGAAGUCUCUCACGCUGGGCCUCAGGAUGUCCUCUCCGCUGAUGGCAUGUGUAUGGUGCCUGCAGGCUUUGAGGAUAUACCAGCUCUCAAUGAGUCGUUACCUCCCAAUGGGCUACAUCCCGGACAGCCAUGGUCUCCUCUCAGACGUCAGGAACCUGUCAAUGAUACAUUGUCUCUUCCGACCUGUCAGCCAGGGUCACGGAGUCGUGUCUCGAAGCCAUUAGAGUUUCAAUUCCACCCAUACUCCCGUCCGGCGCAGUUAAAACUGAGGGGUGUGGCGACAACCAAGGAUAUUCCGGUUGCUGGAUCUUCACGGUCUAAAACCCAGCCAUCCCGCAUUGGACCCUCAUUGUACGAUGGAGAAAAUCGAAUCCAUCAAAGGAUAUUUGAGACCGCGCAAGAAUCGCGCAUUAGAUCCGCGCUGAACGUCAAUCCCUUCUUGUUCGAGCAAGACAGAAAAAACGAAGCUCUUGCAGCGCUAACCAAAUCUGCAUCUGAAUAUGAUAAAGAUUUUGGAAAGAAAUGGGCCUACGAUAACUUGGGGGUAUUCUAUAAAUCAAACCCGUCACUGUCCGCAAAAAUCAUGACGACCUGCAAGAAGUUAGCACGCCCACUUGUCCAACGCGGAUAUGAACUACGUCCCUCAGUUUGGUCGCGUACCUCUGAAUCCAAGCACCAGAUGGAGAUGGUUGACCGCCUCGUUAGUUCGUUACCCCCGGAAUUUAUUUUCGGGAAGGAUGAAUUUGGGAGGUCGUGGGCCUUUGAACACCACGUGGUCUUAGAUGUUGUUGUGAACACCAUCGUAGAACUUGGGUACUUAGAGUACCUCACAGAUCUCAAGACCUUGUUCUGUACAGCUGCCGCGGCUGUUCGAUGCUGCUUGGAUGAACGCUCAGACGGGGGGUUCAAGGCGAAGGAUUUCCUCGUCUCACAAUUCAAAGAGACGUUUGAUUUACUCAUGAAUCAUAUUCAGAAGCAGAUCGUCCCAGAUGUAGAGUUAUCGGCUCGGUGGGAAGAGUACCAGAAACUCGUCUUUGAUACGUUGAGAGACAUAUGCCCGCAGUAA